AUGGCGUCUGCUAAUCUGAGAAAGCUGCUGGAAUGUUCCGGUUGUCUGAACAUUUACACCGAUCCCGUUUUGCUAAAUUGUGGACACAACUACUGCCGAUCCUGUAUUGAUCGUGUGCUGGAUACACAGGAGGGGGCUGGAGGUUAUUCCUGUCCUGAAUGCAGAGAGGAGUUCCAGGAGCGACCUGCACUGCACAAGAAUAUAAUAUUAGGUAACAUAGUUGAGGAUUUCCUGUCUGCUCAGCCAGAUCAAGAGGAACCCGGCAUCUCCUGUACUUACUGUAUUCAUGCUCUUGUGCCUGCUGUUCAGAUCUGUCUGCUGUGUGAAGCUUCUCUGUGCAGUAACCAUUUGAAGGUCCACAGCAAGUCACAAGAACACGUCCUAUCUGACCCCACAACUUCUCCAGAGGAUAGGAAAAGCUCCCUCCAUAAGAAGAUCCUGGAGUAUAACAGCACUGAGAACUCUGAGUCUGUCCGUGUGUCCUGCUGUCUGAUUGCAAUACAUAAAGGUGACCAAGUGGAAUCAAUGAAUGAAAUCUCUGAGAGGACAAAGAAGAUGAAAAAUAUUCUGCAGAAACUGAUGACAAAGAAAGAGGAGAUGGAGAAGAAAGUCCAGAAUCUGCAGGAACAUCAGAGGAAAGUAAAGAAAACAGCAGACAUUGAAAUAAAGAGGGUCAUUGACUUGUUUUUGGAACUCAGGAGACAGCUGGACAAC